ACUAUCGGACAGCGGUAUUGUCGGCACACUUCGGAACGUAGCCCGGAUAGAACGAACUUACCGCGAGUCGACGAGAGACGAGGGUGCGAGCGAGCGAGCGGCGUGAAGGAGAGCGGACGAAGCAGAGAGGCACGCUCGUAUUUAUCGGCGUGUCAACGCUACUUUUUCACAGCGCAUCGGCUAUCGGACACCGUACGGUCUCGUAGCGAUUUCUCGGGUUCCCGCUGCAUCGUAACGAUGAACGCGCAGUACGAGGCGAUCGGUAAGGGCUUCGUUCAGCAGUAUUACAUGCUCUUCGACGACCCAGCACAGAGGCCGAAUCUUAUAAACAUGUAUAAUACGGAGACCUCCUUUAUGACGUUCGAGGGUCUACAGUUACAAGGUGCCAUGAAGAUAAUGGAGAAAUUAACUAGCUUAUCUUUCCAAAAGAUAAAUCGGAUAAUAACAGCGAUCGAUUCGCAACCUAUGUUUGACGGUGGAGUUCUCAUUAAUGUAUUAGGAAGGCUGCAGGCAGACGAGGACCCGCCGCACGCCUUCUCACAGACUUUUGUGCUGAAGCCGAUGGGGAACUCAUACUUCUGUCAGCACGAUAUCUUUCGCCUUGGCAUUCAUGAUACCGCGUGAACAAUGAGAGAUCGGGCUGGUUCACCGCGACUGGUAACCAAUCACCGGCAGGCGGGGGUUGCCGUGCGACGGACAUCCCGAAGAGAUCGAGCCAAGUGAGCGCAGCCACCCGUCGUCAUCGAUCCCUUCCCUCUUCGCCACAAUCGCAUAUUUACCCCCACAUCCCCUGCCCUUUCUCCCCUCCCCUCCCCCCCGCAUCCUUUCACCCUCAUUCUUUCUAGAUAUCACAAGUUUUAUAUGAAGAAUAUCUGUCCGCUUAUAUCUUGGCCACGACAAAAAGGGAAAUAGACGUCGAGAGAUAAAUGAAAUCAUGUACACUCACAUACACACACAUACACGUACACACAAUACAAUUUGUUUCUCCUCCGUAAUAUACAUAUAUAUAUAUAUAUGUAUGCAUGUGUGUGUGUAUAUAUAUGUGUACAUAUAUUACGUAGAUAUGCGUUACUUCUCAAAAAGGAAUCUAUGUCACUUGGUUAACCUUAUAUACGCGAAUUUGUCGUAGCACAAUACACACAUACAUAACGGGGACGUACACUUAGGUAAUCCUUGUCGAGAGAGUUUGAUUUUCGACGGCAGGUAAAGUUUGCAUUAUUACAUACGCUUCAAAAUGUAUUGUAACAUAUUUUACAUUAAUGCUGUGUAUUUUUGUAAUACGACUGUUGGCCAUUAAAUACAAGAAUACGGAAUUAA